AUGGCGUCUCCGUCGCCGCAAGGUAACCCAACCGACGAGGAGACAGCUGUUGGUCGUCCUGAGCAUACCUCUGCCGCAUCCCACGAUACCACCACCGCCUCGCAAGACUUCUUACAGCCUGAUGCUGGCGAUUCCUCAAGACCUCGGUUUCCGCGACUCAGUUUCGAUGCCCCAGACCGAGUGUUUCCCAUCCGAUCCGUUAUCUCCGUCGAUCCUACCGUUUCGAACCCUCCCACAUCCCAGUCGCCUCCACCACCACAAUGGUCGCAAUCCCGAUCUCUAUCUCCUGUUAAGGAAGGGGAACGGGGUUUUUACAGCAUAGAUCAAGCUUCUGGGCAGGAUACUACAGGAGAUACAUCGUCACGGCCAGAUAAUUCUUCAGAGCAGACGGCCCUGUCGAGCAUAGUAGAGGAAAACAAAGACUCAGAAAAGGCGGCGCGUCACCUCGUAAUCGAGAAUAUUGCACAACUUUCUAGUGAUGGACACAGCAUCACUUCAAGCACCGAUGGCGGGGUUCCUGUGGCCAGAGACGAGCCUGCGCGGAGUGUAACGACGGAGAACAACGAACCAGAUCUACUGACUUCUCGAUUCCAGCAUGUCGUUACUGAGUCUGGUCAUGUUAUCAUAACUGGGCGUGAUGGCGAAGAUUUUCAGUUCUGUGAGGACGAGCCGAUUCAUAUCCCCGGCGCAAUUCAAAGCUUCGGUGUAUUAAUUGCGCUUGAAGAAGAGAAAGAAGGGAAGUUGGUUGUGCGAAUCGCUAGUGAGAACUCGGCGGAUCUGCUUGGAUAUACGCCAAAGCAACUCUUCGCUCUGGACAGUUUCACCGACAUCUUGACCGAGGAACAAGAAGACAACCUGCUCGAUCACGUCGAUUUCAUAAGGGACGAAUCUUGUGACCCAAGGAUACACGGUCCGGAAGUGUUUAUUGUCUCCAUCGCAACCCCGGCAGGCGAAACGAAAAAGUAUUGGUGUGCCAUGCAUGUGAACGAAGCUAACAACAAGCUCAUCAUCUGCGAGUUUGAGUUCGAGGACGAUCAGGUUCAUCCACUGAAUGUCUCGGGCCAAACGACUCCGGACGAACCCUCCGACACUUUGGGAAUCCACCCAACACCUGAAGAGUUUGCUGCCAGCACCGUCAACACGAGUCGUCCUCUUCGUGUGUUACGCAAUGCUCGAAGGCGCAAAGGCGAAGCUGCAGCUAUGAAAGUGUUCAAUAUUUUGACUCAAAUUCAGGAACAGCUGUCGGCCGCGUCAACAUUAGAUGCGCUACUGAAUACAGCAACAGGUCUUGUGAGAGAGCUUACUGGAUUUCAUCGUGUCAUGAUUUAUCAGUUCGAUAGCAGCUGGAAUGGCAUGGUCGUCGCUGAACUUGUAGAUCCUCGAGCCACCAAAGAUCUUUACAAGGGCUUGCAUUUCCCUGCGUCCGAUAUUCCGAAACAAGCGCGGGAACUAUACAAAAUUAACAAAGUCAGGCUGUUAUAUGAUCGCGAUCUGACCACGUCCCGUCUUGUAUGUCGAACUUUGAAGGAUCUCGAGACACCUCUGGAUAUGACACAUGCAUAUUUGCGAGCAAUGUCUCCAAUCCAUCUCAAGUACCUAGCCCACAUGGACGUACGCGCAUCGAUGUCUAUCAGUGUGAACGCUUUUAACGAGCUUUGGGGUCUGAUUUCUUGUCAUUCGUACGGAGCAACGGGCAUGCGAGUGUCAUUUCCCAUUCGAAAAAUGUGCCGUCUGAUCGGUGACACCGUUUCUCGAAAUAUCGAGAGACUCUCUUAUACAUCGCGCUUGCAGGCCCGGAAACUGAUCAAUACUGUCCCUACAGAGGCAAAUCCUUCGGGCUACAUCAUUGCCUCAUCCGAUGAUCUUUUGAAACUAUUCGAUGCCGACUACGGCGCUUUAUCGAUACGGGACGAAACAAAGCUCUUGGGUCGUUCGAUACACACACCAGAAGUCUUGGCUUUACUUGAGUAUCUGAAGAUGCGACAGCUCAACUCUGUAUUGGCAUCUCAUGAUGUCAGCAAAGACUUUCCAGAUUUACGAUACCCUCCAGGAUUUAAGCAUGUUUCAGGUUUGCUAUAUGUGCCUCUUUCUGCUGGAGGGCGGGAUUUCAUUGUCUUCUUCCGACGUGGGCAAAUGACCGAGAUCAAGUGGGCGGGGAACCCUUACGAAAAGAAAUUACGAGAUGGCACGACUGGCUAUUUGGAGCCGCGAAAGAGUUUUCAAACUUGGCGAGAAACUGUCAUGAGCCGGUCGCGAGAGUGGUCAGAAACCGAUAUUGAGACAGCAGCUGUACUUUGCCUUGUUUACGGAAAGUUUAUUGAAGUGUGGAGGCAAAAAGAAGCGGCCAUGCAAAGUACUCAAUUGACCAAGCUACUACUGGCAAAUUCCGCCCAUGAAGUUCGAACUCCAUUAAAUGCUAUUGUGAACUACCUGGAGAUAGCCUUGGAAGGCUCAUUAGACUCAGAGACUCGGGAGAAUCUCGCCAGAUCGCAUUCUGCAUCCAAGUCUUUGAUUUACGUGAUUAACGAUCUCCUUGACUUGACCAACACUGAGAAGGGACAGAAUCUGAUCAAAGAUGAGGCUUUCGACUUGCAUGAUACGUUUAAAGAAGCCACAGAAAUGUUUCAAGGCGAGGCAAAACGAAAAAGCAUCACAUAUCAUUCCAACAUAUACCCCGGCCUUCCAAAAUCCGUCCUAGGAGAUCAACGUCGAGUCCGUCAGGUCAUUGUCAACAUUAUAGCCAAUGCUAUACAUCACACUACCUCUGGACAUGUGAAUGUUGAGAUUUGGCGAUCUCCAGUCCAACCAGAUCACCACGGAUCAGUGGAUGUUGAAUUUGCUGUUAGUGAUACAGGCGCUGGAAUGUCCCCAGUUACCGUCGAUGCUCUCUUCCGGGAUUUAGAACAAGUUUCUUUCGAAGAAGAAAACUAUUACUACGAGCACGAGGAGCAGGAACAGGAAGAACCAAAAGAACAAGAUGGAGAGAAGCGUGUCUUAGGUCUUGGCCUGGCUCUGGUAGCCCGAAUCGUUCGCAAUAUGCACGGGCAGCUGAGUGUGAAGUCAGAGGAAGGAAAGGGUAGUCGAUUUAAGAUCAUGUUGAGAUUCCCUGUACCCACUGAAGAACCAGCGACUAAUGCUGAUGCACAAAUCAAUGGUCCUGAAACAGUGGGUACGCCCAGCACACCUCCCUUGACCGAGGGUGAGGUUAUGUUGGUUGAUAGUAACGCACGCCCGAAAAGCCGCCAGCGACGACACAGCAUGGACAGUUCUCGAAGCGGUGGCAGUCUUGGUAGUUCUCGAAGCGGCCGAAGCGAAGCCGACCGUCUUAUCAGUGCCAUACAAGAACCACCCCUUGUCAAUCGAACAGUGACGCCCGAAGAAUCACGAAGGCACAAGUUAGAGGGUCCCAAAAAUCAUGAGGUUGCUUCGUCACAACACUCAAUUUCCUCGAGCUUUUCAAAGAGCAACGCUCCUGGCCACAUCACCCUUCCAGAGCCAGCGGAUUUGAGCCAUAUGAUGCCCUUAGGAUCUCCUCCUGCCCCAGGGCAAGAGCCCAUCACAGAUUCUGGCAUGCCGAUGAGCGCUUUGAGGGUCGAAGAACAAGAUGUUAAAAGACCGCCAUCACCACCAGAACUCGCUCGACGAAGGUCAGCAUCGGUAGCGACAACAGUUAUAACGUCGCCGGGCGUUGGAUCCGAAGUAUCUCCGUUUGAUGCCCUUCAUGUGCUUGUUGCUGAAGACGACCCUGUCAACAGCAAGAUUGUGCAGAAGCGGUUACAGCGGGCUGGCCAUACAGUGCACCUGACUGGAAAUGGAGAAGAAUGCGCUAUUGCCUACCGUCACAGUCCACAGGCAUUUGAUGCCAUCCUCAUGGAUAUCCAGAUGCCUAUUGUUGACGGUAUGGAUUCAACGGAAAUGAUCCGGAAGUUUGAGAGUACCUCUCAUGAUUGCGAAUUGUCGGACAAGGUCAAACGUUUUGGACGCGUUCCUAUCUUUGCUGUCUCAGCAUCGCUCGUCGAAAGAGAUGUUCAAAAGUACAUUGACAUCGGUUUUGACGGAUACAUUGUGAAACCAAUCGACUUCAAACGAGUCAACGCUAUUCUUUCUGCUUUAAAGGCUGAUAGCGAGAGGCAAGCAUUGACUUAUACGCCCGGCAAUUGGGAGCAUGGUGGCUGGUUUGACCGAUCAAAAAUAGAGGUCGAGGUUGCAUCAUAG